GAGCCAUCAAAAUACAAACCUGUGGAAGUACAGGUUUCAAUGGAGAAAGCUAAAGUAUUUGAAGACUUUUUCUGACACCUGUCUGUCUCUCUGUCCAGGUGGGGAACCACAUUGACAUCCUGUCUAAGAAGUGGGUGGCUCAGGACGCCGGUAUCGGAGCGGGGGUGGACUCCUACUUUGAGUAUCUGGUGAAAGGAGCCAUCCUGCUGCAGGACGAGGAGCUGCUCAACAUGUUCCUGGAGUACGAUCGAGCCAUUCAGAACUACACCCGGUUUGACGACUGGUACCUGUGGGUCCAGAUGCACAAAGGGACCGUCUCCAUGCCCGUGUUUCAGUCUCUGGAGGCCUUCUGGCCCGGUCUUCAGUCUCUCCUGGGGAACCUGGACAGCGCAGUGAGAACUUUCCAGAACUAUUACUCCGUGUGGAGACAGUUUGGAGGUCUGCCAGAGUUUUACAGCAUCCCUCAGGGUUACACUGUGGACAAGAGAGAGGGAUACCCACUGAGACCAGAGUUGAUAGAGAGCGCCAUGUACCUGUUCAGGGCGACAGGCGACCACACCUAUCUCCAGCUGGGCCUCGACGCCCUGGAGUCCAUCGAGAAGAUCACCAGGACGCCCUGCGGAUACGCCAGCGUAAGAUCUGUUAGAGGUUAUAAGAACUGAACUACAACAUAGCAUGCUUGUAUGGCAAUGCAAACAUGCAGAUGUUUGUAUCAGGUAUAAUGUUUAGCACUGUGGCUGGGAGGGCGUGCGGUCGCCUUUCAACUAGAAGGUUGUGGGUUCAAUCCCAGCCGUGCAGUCAACAUGUCGAUGUGU